AUGAGAAUCAUAAAGACCCAAAGAUCCAGAGGAGGAAGAAGAGGAAACAUUAAGAAACUCGAAAACAGAAGAAAACAUGUUUCAUCACGUUGCUGUGGAAACGGAGGAGAAAAGUUCUCCGAAAAGCUUCAGGCGCUUAAGAGUCUUCUUCCACCGUCAACGACGGAGCAGAAAGGUCAGGUGGAGGAGGAAUCCGACACUGGAGAGACGGAGCAGCUGUUUCAAGAAACGGCUGAUUACAUCGUACGGCUUAGGAAUCAAGUCGUGGUGUUGCAAAAGCUAAUCAAGAUCUAUGGUUCUUCUGAUCAGACGAAGGAAGAUUUUGUUUUAUAA